GUACUCGUAUCCGUCAUGUCUGGCCGCGGAAAGCAGGGAGGCAAGGCUCGCGCCAAGGCAAAGUCCCGCUCGUCCCGUGCGGGGCUGCAGUUUCCCGUGGGCCGUGUGCACCGCCUGCUGCGCAAAGGGAACUACGCCGAGCGGGUCGGCGCCGGCGCCCCCGUUUACAUGGCGGCGGUGCUGGAGUACCUGACGGCUGAAAUCUUGGAGCUGGCGGGCAACGCAGCCAGAGACAACAAGAAGACGCGUAUUAUCCCCCGCCACCUCCAGCUGGCCAUCCGCAACGACGAGGAGCUCAACAAGCUGCUGGGCAAGGUGACCAUCGCCCAGGGCGGCGUGCUGCCCAACAUCCAGGCCGUUCUGUUGCCCAAGAAAACCGAGAGUCACCAUAAGGCCAAGGGCAAAACCCAGCACACAGUACACAGUGGAACCCUGCUGGGAAUGCGAGGGGAGGGAUGGCUCCCGGAAGUAGUAUUGCACAACUUUAGUAGCACGGCUCUUACAAAGGGGAGAAGGUUGAAAUAAUAAUAAUAAUUUUAAAAAAAGUCCCUCGUUCUUGCCCUCGUGGGAGUCCAGUGCAGUGUUUUAGAUCGGGCGGCGCGGUGGGCGCUCUGGAAAGCUCGGAGAGCCGCUGCCCUGGAGAACCGCGGGAGGGCCCUGGCGCCGCGAGGGCCAAGUCAGUGGCGGGCAACACAAAAUUCCAGGGACCCGGUGGAAGGUUGGGGGGGAUCGAUAGGGCACCGACGUCACGUCACAGCACCGAACGUUUUAGGUGGUUUCUCUUCUGCCCCCCUGCCCCCCGCAGAACAGAGGGAGGGGAAGGGAGAGAAAGGGGAGGGGGCCGCACAACUUUUUAAACAGGCUCAUUAACAGAAAAUCCAGUACCGGGAGAUUGAUGAGGAGCC